AUGGAUACUUGGACAGAAUGGAUCAUGCUCCUGACCCUAUCGGAGCCUAUACCUAAAUCGUUUAUAUUCCCGAGUCUUUCUUUCCACUAUGUUCAAUUAUACAGUCCACCUUGA